AGGUUUUCAAUUUUAGAUUCGCUUUUGAUUUCCAGAUUUUUUUUUACACGAUAUUUCAGGGAUUGAGGUUUGGUUGCUUUAUCAUUUGAACAACUCCUUUUAGUUUGCGGAAAUUCAGAGUGAUUGAGGCGUAUUUGUUCGUGAUUCUUUGAUUGUGGAGUGGUUAUUUUGCGGUUAAAUAUGGUGCUUAAGCAUAACAAACGACCUUUCGGCGCUGAAGAGUCCUGCCAACCUACUUGUAAGCAUAAUAUCAGACGGUUAAAUUGCGGUAGUCGUCUAGCAUCAUUUGCAGGAAUUUCUUCAUUUGUUGAUGGAGGAGGUAAAGAAACGGCUAGCCAACUACAAGGCGAAUCAAGAGUGGAAGGUUAUCCUCAUAUAACAUGUUGUUCUGUAUCAAAGGAUGAGAAGCAAAAAACCACAGGAUUUGCUGUUGUUCCUAAAGAUCAUUCUAGUAAUGGGUGUUACAAUACCUCUAGCUUGCUUGGUGGGAACAACUAUGAUGUUGUGAGACCAGAGUAUGGAAGGCAAAUUUUGUGUGAAGACCUAUCCUUUCAACUUGGAUGUGCUGAAUUUGACCAAGAUUUUCAGUUACAUUUGUUCUCAGAAAUUCUUCCUGUAAAUAGUAGUAUCCAUGAACGAUCAGUUGUUUCAGCACAUCCAGUUGCUACUUGCGAGGAGAUGCCUGCUGAUGAUACCAACUUGAGUGGUCCUCCAAGCUUGUCAUGGCACACUUUUAAUGCACAUGAAGGGCCUAUACCCUUGGAACUGCCUGGCGGGGCAUGCUUCUUUCCUUAUUUUGAGGAUGACCACCAAAUGUUUGAAUGUAAACUUCUUGAAGAGAUCAAUUCAUCCGUUCCUGAUUACCCUUAUCAAAAGCCUGUUGCCACUGGACCAAAACAUCAAGCUGAUAUUCCAGUUUGGAGACCAGAUGAAUUUCAGAGUUAUGUUGGGAAUUCGGAUGACUCUGGGGACACGCCUGCAGAUGACAAUCCAAGCAGUACUUUGAGCGUCUCAUGGCAGACAUGCAAUACAUUUGAUGAGUGUUCAAGGCUGGAGUCACCUGUGGGGGCAUCUUUCAUUCCUUACUUUGAAGAUGACCUUCGGGUAGAUGGCCAUAAUCAUCUUGAAGAGACCUGUUCAUCUGCUCUCGAUUAUCAUGAACGGAAGCCUGUUGCCAUUGGACCACAUCAUCAAGCAGAUAUCCCAGUGUGUGGUCUUAGUGAAUUUGAGAAUUCUGUUGGGCACUUGGAUGACAGUGUUUCUUCCACAUCAAACUCAGUUGAUCUGUCAUCAUCAUCCGCUUACCUUGUCAGUGAAGACUCGAGUGAUAAGUGGAUCGGGGCGUGCAUCUUGCCCAUGCCUGAUUAUGGAACAUUAUCUUUAGAGGUUAAAGGCAGGUCUUGCCGGAAUUUUUGUAAUUGUUUGGAUAUGGGCUCCAUCAGAUGUGUAAAACAGCAUGUAGUGGAAUCCAGGGAAAAGCUCGAGCAAGCUCUGGGACAUGAGAAAUUCAUGAUGCUCGGAUUUGGUAACAUGGGAGAAGUUGUGGCCCAGAAAUGGAGCACAGAAGAGGAGCAAACUUUCCGAGAAGUUGUAAUGGCCAAUCCUGCGUCACUUGGCAAGAACUUUUGGGAUGAUCUCCGUCAUGUCUUCAUCUCUCGGAGUAGCAAGGAGCUCAUUAGUUAUUAUUUCAAUGUCUUCAUGCUUCAUAAGAGAGCUGAACAGAACAGGAUGGAUCCAAUGAAUGCGGAUAGUGACAAUGACGAGUGGGAAGAAAGCAAUGAAAGUGUUGCUGGUGAUGGUGAAGAAGAUUCUGUUGUUGAUUCCCCCCAUGAUGGAGAUAAUGUAACUUAUAAUGAUGGUGAUGCUACUGAUGGCCAUGAAGUGACUGAAGAUUUGUAUACUUGCGAUGGCUCCUGGGAUGUUCCUGAAAAUCACAAAAGCUAUAAAUUACAGCCAAUGUCUGAUGCGUAUCUGAGUGACAAGAAUUUUAAUAAGGGCGUGGAGGAGCAAGAUGUCGAGGAUGACCUAUUCACUUCCUAUGAUGGUGAGCAGAGUGGGGCUGACAUUUGAGCUGCACCUUCUGUCAUUGUUUUGUCAUCAGCAUAGACUUUACGAAGACCAUAAUAAUUCGUACAGAACACAGAUAAAAUGUUGGGGGAUCAAAACAUGGGAUAAACGGUGAUGAAUUCUUUCCAACCAGCAAUUUGGUUGAAGCGAGUACUUGCGGAAUCAUGGCGUCAACUAGGCUACAUCAAAUUAUACAUUGUCAGUGCUCUCCUACUAACGUAUCAGUGUCCUGCAUUGGGACAUUUUUAAAGUUUUUGGUCUAGCAGCCGAGGCCAGGCGUUCGAGUGGAUUACCAAUUUUCCAUUUGUAAAUUCAUGGUGGCAGUUUGGGAGUCCUGUGUAAAGUAGCUGCCUAAAAUUAAAAUUUUUGAAGGAAGAGCUUGUAAUAUUCUCUGUAUAUCUAGGGGCAAUCCCUUUGUAGCUGAGGGUGGACAACUUAAGAGAUCAUGAUUAAUUCAUCUAUUCAUUCAUUCAUUCAUUCAA